AUUUUAAUUGACAUUACUUGUUUUUUACAGCAGAUGUCAGUUGACGUUGGUAUUUUUAGUUAUACUAAAAUUAUUGCAAACUUGAUAAUAACAUGCAUAUGCGAUAGGACUGAUAAGAGUUGAAAGAACGUUGCCUAUUUGGUCUCGGACUUCUGGAGAAAAACUUUUGAGUAUAACUUUGUUCUGUUUACAUACUCUUUUAAACAAAUUUCUUAAAAUUUAAAUUUCUUGAAACGUCAGACAUCAUAAUUCGUUGUUUCUGUAUUUCUGCAAAUCCUGCUUUAGAGUUUUUAGCUUACAAAAUCACUAAUUCGAAAAUGAUAAAAUAAAGUUACGAAAUGGCUUUUUCUACACGAAAUUGUUUAAUUUUUUUCUUCAUAAUCUUAACCUCACAUUUGACAUUUUGCGAGAAGAGCGAAGUCCAAGUGGAGGAUCCCACUGAGACUGAAUUAACCGUGGAAGACAUCUCCAACAAUCUCACUUCAUUCACCAACUCCACGAACAAUGCUACUGUAGCAAACACAACAGAAACCUCUAACAAAACCCUGAAACUGGUACAAUGUUUACCCGAUUUCGGAGGCUCCGAAGUCCAAUUAGUCAACGACACUGAACUCAUCAAGCUUCUCUUCACUCAAAGCAACAUUACCAGUCGCGACACCCUUGCGGGGUGCAUCUUAGUGCUGUUUUACUCAAAAUACUGCCCUUUUUCAAGCAUGGCAGCCCCUCAUUUCAACGCCCUACCACGGGCUUUCCCUGACAUUAAAAUGGUGGCUAUUAACGCACUAGCUUAUCGACUUUUCAAUACACAGAACGGAAUUGUGGGGGUCCCCACAUUAAUGCUGUUUCAUAACGGGAGACCUGUCGCUAAAUUCAAUGAAUCUGAAUACACACUUGAGCUUUUUUCGAGAUUUUUGAACAAACACACGGGAAUUGCGGCUGCUGAAAAGUCAAUUGUGACCUCAGCAGAUUUCAAAGGACCUGUCACGAGUGUCCCUGCACGAGAAUUUGAUAUUUUUCUCAUCAUUUCAUGGAUUUUUAUCACGAUGUGUGGAGCUUAUUAUUUUACAAAAUCCAAGUGCUGGAAAUGGAUUGUUGAGACGAUUCAGAGCAACUGGCGGGAGUCAGAAGCCCACGCCCAGCAUGAACAUGCAGAUUAGUGUUAUAAUAACUUAUUUUCCAAUAAAUUGAUCAUUCAA